GGGAUUACUUAAAUUCAAAAUCUGAAAUGUUUUCCCAAAUAAAAACCAAACAAUCCUCUCCCUCUUCCUUCUCCUGUCCCUAACCCAAGCCGUCACUUGCAAGUUUCCGAAGGAGCAAACCAGAGGCCAGGAAAUUAAUCAAGUUUCUUUUCCUUCUCUUCUCAUCUCAGUUCUCAUCUACCUCCGUACGCUGUGUUUUUAUCUGACCCGUCCCGUGUCGACAGGGUACUGUACCCCAAAUUGCCAAGUACGGCUUCAUGCUCUUGAAAUUGCUGCAAUGGAUCUCCAUAACCUUCCAUUUAAAGUUGGUCAACUAGUCGAGACGAGAUCUUUUUUGCAAGGGUAUCGUGGUGCAUGGUUUAGGUGCAAGAUAAAGGAAAUUGGUCUGAGGAACAAGGAACUAGGACAUGCCUUGGAAUAUAUUGAUUUUCCAGAUGAGAAAAUACGUUGGACAAAGUUAUAUCAAAAGUCUCGUAAACCAAAGGAUAAUAAGCGAUACUUGAUGGUGCGCCCUUGCUUUCCUUCUGUUUACCAUGAAAGUCAGAUGCCUGACGUCAAUACAAUUUCAGAGACGGUUGUUAUAGUCAAUGAUUCUUGGAAGGUGGGUGAUUUGGUAGAUUGGUGGACUGAUAAUUGCUUUUGGACUGGGACGAUAAUUGAAAAGUUGGACGAUGAAAAUUUUAAGAUUGAGUUGCCACCUCCUCCUAAGGGUGAAGGGUGUUUAUAUGAUGUUUCUUGCAAAGACUUGCGUCCAUCACUGGAUUGGUCUGUGGAUGAGGGCUGGAAGCUGCCCAAGGGGGGUAAAUAUCAUCUUUAUUGUGCUCGAAUAGUUAAGCCUGUUUAUCAAGGGGACUCCUCAAACUUGAUAGAUUGCAUUGUUAGUGAGAGGGAAAAGGAUGUUCAAUCAACAGAGAAAACAUCAACCAAGCAUAAGGGUUCUUUAUCUUCUCAUAUUUCAACUGGCUCUUAUAAAGGAAAGCAAUCGGUGAAGAAAUCUUUGAAUGAAAAACAUACGAACAUUACAAAGAAAACCGUAGGCCUUGAUGUUGUGGAUCAUGUCCCUAAAAAGAGAAAUUGCUCAUAUGGUGUUUCAAGUCCACAUAUUCAAGAUGCCUCAACACAAGUGCCAGGGAUGGUGGACAAAUAUGAUGAUAGUGGGUUAAAGAAGAUUAAAACCGAUGGAAGCGUUUGCUUGAAUUCCACUUACUCUGAUACAAUAGAAGCUGCAAUUUUGGAUUUGGAGGAACUUGUUUGUCGGGUUAAAUGGCUUAAACGCAUCUUAGAUUUCGGAACGCCAUUAUCAAAUACUUUGACGUCUUCUUGGAAGUUCAUAGAACAUCGUGAAUCAUCUAUACCAAAAUGAGUGCAUAUGCAGAAGAUUGGUGGAUGUAAUGGCCAUUCGAAUCCGAAGGAGCAGCUUGACUUGGAUUUACAAAUUUGCCGGUACUUCAGAAAUCUUCUUAUAGAGUUGACUGUUUUUGGUUUUGUAUAGGAAAGAGUAACUGCAUCCAAGGCUUGGUUUGGCCAUAUAGUUUUGGCCAAUCUUGCUUUCAAGUUAAUGGUCAACAACAUCCCAACCUCUGUUGGUUGUGAAUAGAAAAUACAUGGUUUUGACUUUUAGGUCCCUAGAAAGAAGCAAAAUUUCAACAUAUCAGGUCGGAUUUUCCUCCAUUAGUUUUUAAUCCAUCCUGUCUAUAAGUCAUUUGCUUUGAUUAUGUAUAUCUUUUCUUUUUUCAAAGUAAGCAUGAUAGCUGGUUAAUUGUGACAACUUCCUUUAUUAUUUUGAAUUACAAAGGAUCAAAUUACUAGAUAA